GGCCCCUCCUCUGUACCAUGUAAGCCCGUUCCGCUCUCUGUGGAUGUGUGCUUUUGCAUGCUAGGAGGCUGCAGCAAGACCUCUUCCUCCUUGUCCUUCAUCCUCCUUGUGGACAGUGUUUCUGCAGCCUGAAGCCGACCACAGCUGCUACGGUACGACCCACAUUCACUGACUUUUAAAUGCUGACCACAGCCCACUCUUAUUGGACCCAAAACACAAAAGCUAACACCAAAGAAACCCGGUCAUGUUCUGCUCUUAUCCGCAGAUAGCCUAAAGGAAAUCCUGUUGAUAGCCGCAGUUGUUUAUGUAUCGCUAGUUGUGUUAGCUUGCUAACUAGCAGCCUAGCUAGGCUAACAAUCAUUACGCUAACCAUUACUCACUUUUACUAACGCUUUAGAUAAAGCAGCAUAAAAUACUAUUUAAACUGUAACACAAUUCACUUUAAAAUACACUUUGUUGCUUAAGAGAUGUACUUGUGUAUUUCGUCGCCUUUCGUUUAAGUAUUAGCAAUCAGGAUGUCAGUUUAAGCUAUAAAUUAAAGCGGUGUGGUGGGCUUUUCCUCUUUCCCCGUACAGGUGUUGCUGUAGAAGUAACAGAACCUCUCGAUUAUAAAAUUCAAACCCUGGUUGUUGAAAUUACGUUUGAGAUAACACUUCUUUCAUAAUGAUAAAGACGAGGGCAGUGCAAAUGCAGAUGUUCCCUCUUUUGUUAUAUUUGACCUUGUUUGGUCACAACAGUGCUGCAGAGGAACCGCUAACAUUCAGACCAUUUUAUUUCAGGGUAUUUCCUGUAAAGAGCAUCAGCAUUUUUCAUAUUCCUUUUCUCUAAGUGUUUGUGCUGCUGUAGCAAGUGAAUUUCCCCACGGCGAGAUUAAUAAAGUCUGUUCUAGUCUAUUAUAGAUGACUAGGAGGACUACAUUUAUAAGUAUCACAUGGGAUAAUCUGAUAAAUAUGUUUGGGACACAUAAAAAUCCACAAUAAAAGUAAAGUGUGCAGAUUGUCAUCUGUUCCUUCUGUUUUGUUUCUGACCAAGUCGGUAUUCUUCCACAAAUGGAUAAUGGAGACUGGGGCCAUAAGAUGACCACUCCUGUUACCUUGAAUGUGGGAGGCCACCUGUACACCACUAGUCUGUCCACCUUGCAGCGUUAUCCAGACUCUAUGCUUGGUGCCAUGUUCAGGGGUGAUUUUCCCACAACUCGUGAUUCCCAAGGGAAUUAUUUCAUUGAUCGAGACGGGACACUUUUCCGGUACAUCCUUAACUUCCUGCGAACAUCCGAGCUUACCCUUCCUGUGGAUUUCACAGAGACAGACCUGCUGAGGAAGGAGGCAGACUUCUACCAGAUCGAACCUUUGAUCCAGUGCCUUAAUGAUCCCAAACCGCUGUACCCUCCCGACAUCUUUGAGGAAGUCGUGGAGCUCUCUAGCACUCGGAAACUGUCUAAAUACUCAAACCCAGUUGCGGUGAUCAUCACACAGCUAACUAUUACGACCAAAGUUCACGCGCUGCUUGAAGGAAUUUCAAACAAUUUCACCAAGUGGAACAAACACAUGAUGGACACCAGGGACUGUCAGGUAUCGUUUACCUUUGGACCAUGUGACUAUCAUCAAGAGGUGUCUUUAAGGGUUCAUCUCAUGGACUACAUCAUGAAACAGGGCUUCACUAUCCGGAACACGCGUGUGCAUCACAUGAGUGAGCGUGCAAACGAAAACACAGUUGAGCAUCACUGGACUUUUUGUAGACCAGCUCACAAAGUUGAAGACUGAUAUCUGCUGGAGUUACCAUUUCACUACACAAAUAAUUAUAAAACAAAGCUCAAAAUCAAGACAGCAAAAAAAAAGCUAAUUCUUGAUUUAUUUUCCAAACUUAACACAGUUGUUUGUGAUAUUGGAAAUUUUGGGGCAAAUGGAUGAGAUUUGAGACAGAAAUGCUGUAAAAUCAUAAUUUCAUUUAUUCUGAUGACUUACCACUUACCCCCCC